GAGGGAAAUACAGAUCUCCAAGCAAUGCAGGGUUUGUUAGCUAGACACGUCUAAUUACUGUCCUUGUGUGCACAGCCAGCCAGGGAACUCAGUCAAGUACAUUACAUUAGAAACGACAGGAGUUAGAACUUCCUGUGGUGUCUUGCACUUGUAGGGGCUGGAAAAAUGUUGCAGGGUGAGAGGCACAAGCAGUGCUGUGAGAGCAGAUAUUGCCAGUGGUGCUUGUUGCAAUUGCUCCUCCAAGGAUUUCCAGCCUUGCAGCUGCUGUUUGAUUUUGAUGGUCUUGCUGAGUGCCAUUUGGUGGACACAGCUUGUUCAGUGCCCAUUAAUUGGCAAACACACUUGUAGAACUUCCACAAAAGGAUUAGGGGACUCAAAGAGGAAAGCAAAUCAGAGUUUUUUACCAAUCUAUACCAAUAAUAUUGCAUUUUUGACCUUGAAAUCAUGGAGCUUGUAGGUAUAAGCACCAAUUCUGCUUGAUUUUUCCAUCUUUUGUCUUUACAGCAAUUAAAUAAGAUUUAAGCAUGGCUAGGAUGUGAGUAGGUAAGACUAAGACCUAAAAGAAACUUUAUUUCUUAGAAUACUUGAGAAUCAGAUUGAAUCACUUUAGUUCUUGCUAGAUAGACAGUUUUUAUUAUCUUGAGAAAGGAAAAAUAAAAAUGUGCUUACUGCUUUCUUUUCUUCUUAGUCUGAACUAUAUAGGCAGAUUCAGCAUAUACAAGUCCCAUAUUUGUACAAAAUAGCAGCAAUGAUUUUUCAGGAAGAUGUGAUUAGGUAGCUUAAGAUUGUUUGAGCAUAGCAUUAAUGACUAUUGUAUAUAAUUAAGAGUAAAAUUGCAUGCAUAGCUGAUGAUGUGUGGUCAAUUCACACCGUCAGAAUGAACAGACGUGUUUCACUUUGCAUUUCUGGCUGCAACUCUUCUGCUUUUCAGCUCUAAAGUCAGUGAGAUUAGCUGAAGGUAUCACCUUUUCCAUCCCCUGAUGAAGAGCAGCAUAUGCUCCAAGUUCAUUUAUAAGCAGCAUAUGUUGGGGUCAAAAAACACAUUCAGUCAACGAGAAUGAAAAUAGUGGGCAGAAAAGUAGCUUCUACUGCUAUCACAUGCUUUACAAGAGGACUUGACCUUAGAAAGGGGACAGAAGAUGUCCUUUGCCCAGCAAACUGUCCUCUGUGGCAGUUCUAUGUCUUUGGGGAUGGAGUUUAUGCCUCUCUUUCGAGCGUCUGUGGAGCUGCCAUACACAGUGGGGUGAUUACCAACACAGGAGGAGCUGUAAGGGUGCAGACUCUCCCAGGACAGGAAAACUACCCUGCUGUAAAUGCCAAUGGCAUCCAGUCUCAGGUGCUCUCUAGAUGGGCUUCAUCUUUCUCAGUGACUGCAGGUACCCCGAGCACAGCCCUGGAAGCCGUGGGACGAUCGGUGUCCACAGCGCGUCCUUCCACAGGUAAAAGACCUAAGAAGACUCUUGAUAAAAAGGCUGGAAACAAAGACUGUAAAGCUGAUAUUGCCUUUCUCAUUGAUGGAAGCUACAACAUUGGCCAACGUAGGUUUAACUUGCAGAAAAACUUUGUUGGAAAAGUAGCUGUAAUGUUGGGGAUUGGAACAGAAGGGCCUCAUGUUGGGGUCGUACAGGCCAGUGAACAUCCAAAAAUUGAAUUCUAUCUGAAAAACUUUACUGCUACAAAAGAAGUUUUGUUUGCAAUAAAAGAAUUAGGCUUCAGAGGAGGCAAUUCCAAUACAGGCAAAGCUUUGAAGUACACAGCUCAGAAAUUCUUCUCUUUGGAAAAUGGAGCACGGAAGGGAAUUCCCAAGAUCAUUGUAGUGUUCCUGGAUGGCUGGCCCUCAGAUGAUCUAGAAGAAGCUGGCAUAGUGGCCAGAGAAUUUGGAGUCAAUGUGUUCAUUGUGUCUGUAGCAAAACCCACAACAGAGGAGCUGGGAAUGGUACAAGACAUUGGCUUUGUGGACAAAGCUGUCUGUCGAAACAAUGGCUUCUUCUCUUACCAAAUGCCCACCUGGUUUGGUACUACCAAAUAUGUAAAACCUCUUGUCCAAAAGCUGUGCUCACACGAGCAGAUGUUGUGUAGCAAGACCUGCUACAACUCCGUCAACAUCGGUUUCCUGAUAGACGGCUCCAGCAGCAUCGGAGAGAGCAACUUCCGCCUCGUGCUGGAGUUCGUGAGCAACGUGGCCAAAGCUUUUGAGAUCUCUGACAUCGGCUCCAAGGUGGCAGCCGUGCAGUUCACCUACGACCAGAGGACCGAGUUCGGCUUCACCGACUUUGUCACCAAGGACAAGGUCCUGUCGGCCAUCCGCGGCAUCCACUACAUGAGCGGGGGCACGGCCACCGGCGAUGCCAUCUCCUUCACCACCAGGAACGUGUUUGGGCCAGUGAAAGAUGGGCCUAACAAGAAUUUCCUCAUCGUUCUCACCGAUGGUCAGUCUUAUGAUGAUGUUAGAGGACCUGCUGCAGCUGCUCAAAAAGCAGGAAUAACAGUCUUCUCUGUUGGUGUUGCCUGGGCACCUUUGGAUGAUCUGAAAGACAUGGCUUCUGAACCAAGAGAAUCUCAUACUUUCUUCACCAGGGAGUUCACAGGAUUGGAGCAGAUGGUUCCUGAUAUUAUUAGAGGCAUCUGUAAAGACUUUUUGGACUCUAAACAAUAAAAAAAUAUGCAGUUCACUAUUACUAUCUGAAACUAAAAAUCAUGAAAUUGAAAUGAAAUGGUCCCUCUAAAGUACAGAUGUUUUAUUCUUAUAUAUGCUAUCACAAUACAGAGGAAGAAGAAGGGCUACCUUUUUUUUCUGUAAUCAGUCAAAGAUUUCUGUGAGCUUGUACUUGAUCCUGAAGUGCAGGAUUUGGCCAACAGUUAAUAUUUUGGACAAGCAUAUAGCAUCCUGAAGUUCAAAGCUUUGCAUAUCAUGCACUUAAGAAUAGCAGAUGCUGAGAGGAAAUAAUACAGCUCUGACAUUUUUUCCUGACACUUGCUAAACACCUUCUUAGGAGUUAAAAAAAAUCUUUAAAUAUAAGGUACUACCUUCUAUAAGCUUUCCGUAGCUUACAAUUCUGUAUCUUUGGAAAGAGUUCUGCUGAUAACACAAAGUACUUUCAGUGCUCCUGAUGUGCAACAUCCAUUACUGCCAGGCAGCUUGAGAAAAGAUAUGGCAGAUUGUAGCUGAAAGAGUCUAUUCUCACUAGUUGGGGUUUUGUUGGAUCUGGUUGGCAAAUUUUAUAUCAAAAGUCAUUUAACUUCUACCCACAGAUUUCUGUGGAUCUAUUUGGUUGGUUCUUUUAGCACAGAAUUUUAAAGGCAUUUAAGGCACAGUAGAGAAUCUGGAUCCUAAUAUAUUAGCUACUACUGCUGCUUUCUGCACCACUGAAGUCAACAGUGAUAUUCCAAAUAAAACUGACAACCGGAUAUUUCCUGUCUGCUGCCUUGUAUUGUCUUGAUUUGACAAAGUUGUUGUUGGCCAGACAGUUAGAGACAGGAAUCUUGGGCCAAGAGAUUAAAUAAGACCACACAGUGGGAACUGAGAACAUUCAAAUUCAAGUCCAGAGGUAUCUCAAACCUUUAAACCUAAUGGAUUUAUAUCAGAUUACAUGGUCAGAAAAGAAGAGAGUAGGCAGACACAUUAAGCUGGAUUGAGUAGUUCAGAGAAUAACAACUUCAUAAUGGUAGUAAAAACACCUUUAUAGAUGUGUGAGGUUUUCUGAAAAUAAAAGAACAGUUUUCUUGAAAAAGGCUUUCAUUUGAUUACAUACCUAGUAAUGUUGAUAUAUUUAUAUGCACACAUAUAUGGCUAAAAUGAUGUGAUAUUCACCAAGUUAUUCCAGUGUCCUGGUGUGAAUAACAUACUCCAAAUAUUCUGAAUAAAUAAAGGGGGUUUGCAAAUAAAAUGUAUAGUAGAAAACAAAACAGCACUUUCCCUAUCAGUCUGGGGUUUCCCUUUUUUCCUCUCCCCCACUAUUGAUUGUAAAAUUUCUAGUAGUUAUGGAGUGGCACAGAAAGGAUUGUAUUCAUUGGGCUUUUGCUGUGCACUUUUUAAUAACUUAUAACUGACUAUAUAUUACUCUAAACCUAAAUGGCAAAGAUUCCUUGUAUUUUUCUAGCAAUUGUUAUCCCUAAUUUUGUUAUGUGUUUAUAGGUAAGAGUAUUAAGCCUUUGCUGUAUAAAUUCAUAUGCUAUAUCAACUUUGUGCAAAAAUUCAAUUAAUUUAGUUUAUAAACUUUUUAUAGAAAUAUAUAUUG